AUGUCCUCUCUCGCUGGCGCCCUCGAGUCGCCCAAACAAGAAGAAGUGGAGGACGAGGUGGCUGCCGCUGCCUCCGAGGAGGACAACGACCUCUUUGGCGGUGACGAAGAUGUGACGAUGGUCGAACACGAGGCCCCCUCCACUGCCGCCUCCGAGCUCGCGGACCAAGAUGAACAGAUCACCUCCCAGGAGCGCCGCCGCCGCGAGCAACUCGAGUAUGCCGAUGACGACGACGCCGAGCCCCCUGCACAGCCAAAACUCCAAGCUGAGCUUGCGAUUCCCAAUAUACCCGUGCCCCACAGCUCGGACGGCAACCACUGGGUCAUCAGGAUGCCCAACUUCAUCAAGGUGGACUCCAAGCCCUUCCACCCCGACACAUACAUCGGGCCGGAGCAGGAGGACGAAGACGCGCAUCAAGCCGAGUCCUUCCAGCAGAAAAGCAUGAGCAUCAAGCUCAAGGUCGAAAACACCGUCCGCUGGCGGUGGGCCAAAGACAACCUCGGCCAGGACCGGAGGCAAUCCAACAGCCGCAUCGUCCGCUGGUCCGACGGCUCCCUCUCCCUCCAGCUCGGCAAGGAGCUCUUCGACAUCACCCAGUCCGUCGGCGCCGGUGCCGGCGCCCGCCCCGGAUCGCUCUCCCAGUCGCACUCGCACUCCGCCCUCCCCUCCUCCUCCCAAUCCGCCUCCCAGCCCUCGGGCCUCUCCGCCUCGGGCCCCGGCUCCUCCGGGCUCACCUACCUCGUCGCCCAGCACAAGCGCGCCGAGAUCCUGCAGUGCGAGGCCCUCGUCACCGGCUACAUGUCCCUCCGCCCGACGGGCAUGCAGAGCGACGUCCACCGGCUGCUCGUCCGCGCCGUCGGCCAGAAGCACUCGCGCGUCGCGCGCCUCCGCAUGGCGACCGACCUCACCAUGGACAGCGCCAAGGCGGACCUCGCGCGCGCGGCCGCCGCCGGCCGCAAGCAGCCGCGCAAGCCGCGCACCGGCGACCUCGACGACCUCGGCGCGGGGCGCCGCCGCCGCAGCGGCGGGGGCGCGGGCGGCGGUGGGGGCGGCCACGGCCGCAGCAAGCGCACGGGCGACGACAUGUGGUCUGACGACGAUGACGAUGACGACGACGACGACGAGGGCGGGUUCGGCCGCGGCGGCUCCGAGGACGAGUACGGGGGCGGGAAGCGGCGCAAGUCCGGCGGCGGCGCGGACGACGGCGGGAAGAAGGGCCCGGGCGAGUACCAGACGGACGACUUCCUCGUCGCGGACUCGGACGAGGAGGAGGAGGACGCGGGCCGGCGCAAGCGGCGACGCGGCGGAGGGGGUGGCCGGGCGGAGGCGGAGGUGGACGACCUGGACCGGCUGGAGGCCAAGAUCAACCAGAACGAGGCGGCGCGGCGCAGCAAGAGUGGCCCGGGGUCUGGUGCGCGUGGGGGCGCGGACUCGGACUCGGAUGGGGACGGGGACGGGAUGGAUGUGGAGAGCGAAGACGAGGACAUCGGCGCCCGCCGCACGGCGCGUGCUCCCGGCCGCAAGCGGCGUGCGGUGGAAGUGGAGGAGGAUGAGGACUAG